GUCAACAGUGCGUGCAUGAUUGAAAUCAAAGAACGGUCGUGCUUCAUCCACAUCGAUGUACCCGGCCAUGCGGAUAAUGCGCCCAAUUUGGCCGACUCGUUCCAGUUCCCGUCGCUGCAGCUGUUGGGCGAAGAGUUGGUCACGGUGCUUGACUUCCUGCACGUGAAGUACGUGAUCGGUAUCGGUGAGGGUGCGGGUGCAAACGUACUGGCCCGUUUCGGACUCGCCCAUCCAUCCCGGUGCCUCGGGCUCAUACUGAUCAACGUAACCGGUUCGGCCGCGUCCGUACUGGACGUGUUCAAGACGAAGUUCAUCUCGUGGAAGGGUGACGAAGUUGGCCAAUCGGCCGAGGAUUUCCUGCUGUAUCACAAGUUUGGCUACGUUUUCUCCGAGCAACUGGUGGGUGACAAUCCGGACAAGGAGAAGAUUGUGUCCGAGUUCCAGAGCCGCCUGCACAGCUCGCUGAACAGCAAGAAUCUAAAGCAAUACGUCAAAGCAUUUAUGUCGCGCAAAGAUUUACCUCUGAAGAACUGUAAGGUUGAUUUGCUGCUGAUCACCGGUAUUAUGAGCCCGUACGCUAGCGUCGUCGAGAAGCUGUACAAGGAUCUGAACAAGGAGAAGGUCACACUGCUCAAGGUGGAACGAGCUGGCGACGUGUUGGCCGAUGCUCCCGCCAAAGUGGCACAGUCGAUUCUGCUGUUCUGCAAGGGCCAGGGUUUGCUAACCUCGGUGGCGAUGCCCGGUGUCGAUCGGAACCGUGCGUUCUCGACCAGCUCCGGCGGUUCAACCGAAGGAUCAACCGGUGCGAGACGUCUGUCCCGUGGCAUGUCCAUGGAGGACUACGAUAAGCCCAACAUUCGACGACUAAGUGUUACGAUCAACGAGCAGUUGCCACCGAUCAAGAAAUAGAACGAGCUGAUACGAUCGAGUAACGCCGGUGCAGAAAUAGACGAAGAGGAGCCGGACGGAGCGGA